CUCUGUGAUAUCUAUGAUAUCGUCAUGUCGGUGAGUAGAUGGUGCAGGGAGAUACGUCGUUGCCGCGUGUGUAGUUUCUAGUAGUUCGUUAUAGGGUUUUUCAUAGCUGCAGAUCACGAAAUAAAACAGUCGCUACCCGCGCGACUGCUCCUCUCUCCCCAAGGCGAAACCAGAAUCAUAGUGAAAAACUAGAAUAUAACAGUAACUAACAUGUUGAAAAGAUCACUUUCUACACCCACUUUAUUGACUCGUCCACUGGUGACUACCUUGUGCCUGUUCCAAGAACCAGAAAAGCAAAAGGAUGUCCUCUGCUUCCGUUAUUGACGAUUUUCUUGCUGGGCCACUGAGGAGUGUGACGGAAGCCAUCACAGCACCCAUACCCUUCUAUGGUCGCCGCAAGAUCGUGGACGACUGCAAAUAUCAAAUCCGAGAAGGUGCUCAGGGGGGUGGACCAUUUUCUGGAGAUUAUGAGAAGGAACUUGAUGCUUGUUGUGCUUUACCGAUAAAAAGUUGUAGUUCGCAUUACUACAUGACGAGAACGAGGCAAAAGCAUCCUAUCCUAUCUUAUCCUAUCCUAGAGCAGCAGUAGUAGAUGUAAUUGAGAGGUAUUUUGAAUAGCUUUACUGUAAUUGAGAGGUAAUAGCUUUAGCUGUUGGGCAUCGAGGUGUAGUUUCGUGUACUACUAGCUGUACCUUAUGCUCAAUCCUCUACCUCAUCUAACUACUCCCUUCCACGAGGAUUACAAAAUUUGUGCCCGCAAACGGCGGACGAGAUUACAUGCAGCACACGCCCGAUCCCAAAGCUUCAGCAGAUUCCUACUACACCCAGUGCGGAGAGCGUGCUGGGCCUAGUCCUCGACUUAUAUUACGGGUGUAGGGAAUUCAUCUCCAAAGUCAUCUGGAAGAGAAAGACAAGAGGAAAGAGGGACCCAGAUGAUCCCUGAGAUGAAUUCCCGAUACCUCUAAGUAUACCGACCGAUCAGCAAACGAAGAAGUUCUUAAAGGAUAUCAAUGGCAGUCACUGGGAAGAGAAGAGACGACGGGCGCUCUUGGGAGAAGCACCGGCUCUACCGAUGGAGGGAACGGCAGCUUCGUACUAUUUGGACUUCUAUUUACUUACAACUACAAGUAGAGAUCCUGUGAAGAUGUUGUAGUGGUGAUUUUGUAGGUUCCUCAUCAAGGAUGAUGAGUACUAUCUUCUAUGAAUGGUUCGGGUAUUUGGUAACCUGAAUUUGAUCAUAAGCAAGGGAAAACAAGAAGAGAACCCUUAGGAUCAAAUUCAGGUUACCAAAUACCAGAACCGUACACUCUACAACACCAUGGAGAGCAUCCGUAUUUUACAACACCAUGGAUGUUGAUAAGAUUUUCGGUACCAACGAUUAGAAGAGUCUUCAUUUUGUACAACGACAACACCACAGAUACUAUCAGCACUCGCCGGACGUGCUCGCGCAGGCGCUCAAAGAAAAGGUGGGAGGAGUGGAGAAGAGUCCUCACUAUCCUUCUGAUACCUCACUCGGGGCGCCGUUGAUUGUCAUCGAUUCGCAAUCUUUAUGGAACAAGUGCUGGCUCUUGAUGAUCGCUGUUUUACUUAGUCGAUGAGAAAUUAUUAUUUACAUUUAGUUGUCGGUGGUUAAAAUCAUGUCCUAGUAGUAAGACCGGCACAACUCCACCGGUCGUUCUCGCUUCAUUAUUAUAAAGAAUAAUAAGUAGAAGAAAGAUGCCGGCGACCAGCAGCUCCCGCCCUUGUUCCCCUUUCAUCUUCCGCCUCCAUCGCCUCCACCGAUAUCGAGGAUGCUGAUAAGUGGUUUUGUAAGUCGCCAGCAAGAUGGCAGGAACAAAAGGGAGAUCAUCCUAGUUUCACCUUCCGCGAUCCCAUCCCAGGUGAAAUGAGUGUCGAGAUGCGCGAUUUGGCGAAUGGAGCUGUGCACUGGUCCAAGACCUAUAGUUAAGGCUUGGGAGUUGACCUAUCAUCUAAGAGCGUCUCUAUAUCUUCUCCAAGUAGAAAAGCCACAGAUAUGCGAGCUAGAGAUGCCAACUUUCAAACAACCCCUAAUAUAGAAUGAACAUGUCGAAUCGGUUAGACCGAUGGACUCCGGAAGUAGGAGAAGAUGUCGGAGAAGGUGAUGACGAGUGGUCGCAGACGGGAAUGGGACGAGUAGGUAGGGGAGAGAAAUUGCCCUUGCGGAUGGGAUUGCUAUGGCAUCAUGUUGAUUUUUAUCGUGACAAGAACACUACUAGAACAAGGUAGAAGCAGUACUGUAAGGAAUUGGAAUGCGUAUGCAGCGUUUUUAUUCCCUCUUCACACGCUCUGCUCGUCGUUGGAGAAGAUGCCUGAAUCUUUACGUCUUCUAAUCCCCCAACGCGGUUUCUGGCCUGUUUGUCCGCAACGGGAAGACAUGUUCCAUUCGUAUGAGAUUACCUUCCGCAGGUUGAGGCCUUGGCGCGAGCAGUUUGCUGAUAAGCAUUGCGCAGUGCUGGAAAAGAAACGUAGGAGGAAAGCCGCACUACGUGCUCUCGCAAAUGCGGCGGGACGAGGUACUAGUACUGGUGCACAGGACGAGGGUAGUAGUGCUCAAAAUGGAGAUUUGCUAAGCGGCCUUUCUGAAGCUGACGCUUCUACUCAAAAUGCCAGUUCGUCCUCUGCUCAGGAGACUCCAGGCGAAGCGAGCCCAGAAUCGGUAUGGCUAGGAUUUCCGAAUAGAGACGAGGCUGAGGAUCGGGAGAACGCUUCGACAUGGAAUAUGGAGGCAAACGACGGAGAUGCGUCUUCUAGUGCUAGUGCUGCAGAUGCAGGAGAAGAUUGGGAAACCGCUUCUUCCGGAGAUGCGUCUUCUACAAGUGGUACUGCAGGAGGAGCAGACUCGUCUUCUUCUUCUGGUGCAGCAGGAGCUGCAAGUACUACAUUUUAUCCGGCUUGUUCAUCGAGUACAACUGGUACUACUCGUUAUAGUAGUACUAGGAUAAAAUCAAGCAGUAGUCGUGGUCGUCGCCCACUUCCAGCAUCGCUCCCGAUGCCUAGUACAGGGAGUAUCAUCGGAGGCUACUUCUUCGGCGACUUCAAGCAAAACCACCUACAACUAGAUUCUCUUCUUUUUGCGGCUUUGCAACCGGUCCAUCGGUUGUAUCGUCAAUCUGGUAGAGCGUUGCAAUCUCUCGUCUCUGGUGAAGGGGAAACGACCAGCACUAACAGCAGGAGGAGGGCCCCUUCAAACUCUACAAGGAGCUCUACAACAACAGCUAGUAGCUCUAGCACAGCUAGUACUACAAGAACAAGUAGUAGCAGUUUUUCUUCACCCAUACCUGGAGCUUCACCAGGAGCUUCAGCGGGAGCAGCAGUUGAUGACGAGGAUGAGCCACAUCCUGAGUGCGAAGAGAAUGAUAGUUUUACCUCUGACAGUAACGAUGUUACUGACAUCAUUGGCAAACUUGUAAUCUCUGAAGCGCACUCAACAGCAACACCAUAUGAUCAUACCAUGAUGUAAUUUGCAACUGCGACGUGAGACUACACAAGAAGUAGGUUUUUUUGAGCCCAACAUGGUUCUUAUGGUUUAAUCCCUCUCGCUUGGUCAAGACGAGGACGAAUAUGAAUUUGUUCCAACAUGACAAGCUUAAUUGAAAUAUUCUGCCAAG